AUGCUACCCCUCCUAACCUCUGUAGUAUUCGGGCUCGCAGCGCUCCCCCACAUCGCCCAUGCAGCCGUAACGACCGACCCCUCCCUCGCAUCCAACAGAACCUCCGACUACAUCAUCCUCGGCGGCGGCACCGCCGGCCUCGCGCUCGCCGGGCGCCUCUCAGAAGACCCAGACGUCAGCGUGCUGGUGAUAGAAGCGGGCCCAGACAACCGCACGAGCGCGCUCGAGAGCGUCGUCGAUUUUCCGGUUGCGCUUGGGAGCGCGCUUGAUUGGACGUAUGGGACUGUGGAUGGGAAGGCCGUUUCUGGAGGCAAGACGCUCGGCGGGAGCUCGUCGAUCAACGGCGGGACGUGGACGCGCGGGGCGAAAGCGCAGUACGACGCGUUCAGCGCGCUCCUCGAGCCCGAGGACGCGGAUAAAGGUUGGGACUGGGACGGGCUGCAGCACUACAUGAAGAAGGCAGAGCGCUUCGCCCCGCCCAACACGACCCAGCGCGCGCUCGGCGCCACCUUCGAGCCAGAAGCCCACGGCACCGACGGGCCCGUACACGCGGCGUUUCCGACGGAUAUGUUCUACGGCCCCGCCGACCCCUACUUCAUCGACACCAUCUCCAACAUCACCGGUAUCAAGCGUAUACCAGACGCCAGUGGCGGGAAUCCCAAUGGCGUGGUGUACGUCCCCGACAGCCUGAACAAGUUCGACAACGACAGCCGCAGCUCGUCCGCGGCCGCAUACCUCACGCCCGUCGAACACGCGCGCACGAACUGGCUCACGCUCGUCGAGCACACCGCCACCCGCAUCCUCUUCGCCCCCUCCAACACCUCUGCCUCUGCCUCCUCUUCCCCAUCACAAUCAAACCUCACGGCCACGUCCGUCCAAUUCGCCGCAACCCCUCCCGUAAACUCAACCUCGAAUAUCGACGAGGAUGCAGCGGUGUUCUACACGGCCCACGCCACGCGCGAAGUCAUCCUCGCGGCCGGCGCACUCCGCACGCCUGCUCUUCUCCAGCUCAGUGGGAUCGGCGACGCUGCUCUUCUUGAGAGUUUAGGCAUCGACGUGUUGCUCGAUCUGAAGGGCGUAGGGAAGAACUUGCAGGAGCAGACGAAUGCUGUUAUGGCUGCGGUUGGGAACGGGGAGUUCGAAGCUGGAGGGUUGGGGCCGAACAGUGUUAUCGCGCUCCCGAGCAUCUACGACCUCUUCGGCGCCAACGCGAGCGCCAAGAUCGACGAGAUGAACGGCAGUCUCGAUACGUGGGCGGAGGAACAGGCGCAUAACUUUGGCGCGGGGCCCGGGGCGUUGCUUGAAGUCUUCAAAGUUCAGGCGGGGCUUAUCGCCAAUGAUAGCGCGCCGAUCGCGGAGCUGUUUUAUGAUGUGCAGGAGGCGCCGGACACGCUGAUCUUCGCGCUCUGGAACCUCCUCCCCUUCUCGCGCGGAAACGUCUUCAUAUCCACAACAAACCCCUUCCUUCCCCCUUCAAUCAACAUAAACUGGUUCACCGUCCCCUUCGACCUCACAGUCCAAAUCGCCGCCGCGCGCCUCGCCCGCGCCGUCUUCUCCACCCCACCUCUAAACUCGCUAGUGGAUGGAUUCGCGCUGCCGACGGAGCAGGAUGUCCCCGAGAACGCGAGCGACGCGCAGUGGGCGAGCUGGAUGUUGAGUAAUUUCGGUGCGAAUUCGCAUCCGAUCGGCACAGCAGCAAUGCUCCGCCGCACCCUCGGCGGCGUCGUCGACGCCUCCCUCAAAGUCUACGGCACGGCCAACGUGCGCGUCGUGGACGCGAGCAUCUUGCCGAUCCAGCUGAGCGCGCAUCUGAGCGGGACGGUGUAUGGAGUCGCUGAGAAGGCGGGUGAUAUCAUCAAGGCCGCGCACACGAGUUGA